CUUUUCUUCGUCUCUAAACUUGUUGUACAGGGUUUCCUCUCUCUCCUCUCUUUCUCUCUCUAAAACGAUCGCAGUUAGGGCAUCGGGCAACUUCUUGUUUCCCCUCUGUCUUUCAGAUAGCCUUCACACUGUCUUUCAGCAGGAGAAAAUGACAACGAGUUCUUUCAAGCAGGAGCAUGACCUUGAGAAGAGACGCGCUGAAGCUGCUAGGAUCAGGGAAAAAUAUCCAGAUAGAAUCCCAGUGAUUGUUGAGAAGGCUGAGAGAAGCGAUAUUCCCAACAUAGACAAGAAAAAGUACCUCGUCCCUGCUGAUCUGACUGUUGGGCAGUUUGUGUAUGUGAUUCGCAAACGGAUUAAGUUGAGUGCUGAGAAGGCAAUAUUCAUCUUUGUGGACAAUGUGCUCCCUCCUACAGCUGCGAUCAUGUCGACAAUCUAUGAUGAGAAGAAAGAUGAAGAUGGAUUUCUCUAUGUCACGUACAGCGGGGAGAACACAUUUGGGCACUAGGCUACAAAUGCUCAUUUCCUUUUUAUCGUCCUUAUUAUUAUGUCCAUGCACUUGUUAUAUACCUUCCUUCCAGGUACUGAUGAAUUGUACAGUCGGCCCUCUGUACAUAGCCGUCCUUUGUUGCUCAUGUUGGAACCUCCUUCAAUAUCUUAUAUGGGCUUCCCGACAAACUUUUAAUAUUUGGGUUCUCAAUUGCACGCAUCUCUAAAGUACAGGCGUGAUUCUCAAUAAAUGACCUUGAUUUUACCACCA